AUGUCCACCACAACAACCACAAACCGCGCGUCGAGCACGGCGCCGGUGCCAGUGCCGGACUCGUCUCCCCUCCCCGAGGCGCCCGACCCGGAAUCCCGCUCCUUCUACUCCGAGAUCAACGAUCCCUACAACCUGGGCACGCACAUCAAGUCAGACGCGGACAUCGGUCUGCUGACCUCGAGGCCCCAGUCCAACUCGGCCCGCAAGCGCAUCCACCACAGCUUCACCCGCGGCGGUGCCAAGGAGGCCAGGCUGCAGGACUUCUACCGCUCGCAGAAUGACAAGAUCCGCUCCCUGCUCAAGAGCGUCGACGACCACGAGCGCGAGGCCAAGGAGACGCAGGGCGACAACAACCUCAAGUACCAGAUCGCCGUCAAGGGCAGCCUGGCCGCAAACGUCAUUCUCGCCGCUCUGCAGCUCUACGCCGCCUCCGCUUCGGGCUCCCUGUCGCUCUUCACCACCAUGGCCGACUCCGUCUUCGACCCCGUGUCCGGCAUCAUGCUCAUGCUCUCCCACCGCGCCGUCAAGAAGGUCGACACCCGCCGCUACCCCUCGGGUAGAGCCCGCAUCUCCACCGCCGGCAACAUCGUCUUCUCCUUUGUCAUGUUUUCUGUCUCGUUGGUGUUGAUCGUCAUGUCUGCCAGGGACCUAGCGGCCGGGUCCGACAGUGAGACGAAUGAGUUCCAUUUCGCGUCCGUGAUUGCUGUUGCCAUCGCUUUCGGCACCAAGUUCUGUCUUUGGCUGUACUGCUGGUCGAUCAAGCACAUUUACUCGCAGGUUGAGAUCCUGUGGCGCGACCAUCGAAACGAUCUCUUCAUCAACGGCUUUGGUAUCUUUACCUUCUCGGCUGGAAGCAAGAUCAGGUGGUGGAUCGACCCGAUGGGCGCCAUCAUCCUGUCAUUUCUCAUCGCUGGUCUCUGGCUGAGGACUGCUUAUGAGGAGUUCCAGCUGCUGAUUGGCGUCUCCGCCGAGCCCGAGUUCUUGCAGCUCAUCACUUACAUCGCCAUGACCCAUUCUCCCGACGUGAAGCAAAUCGACACCGUUCGGGCCUAUCACAGCGGUCCUCGGUACAUCGUCGAGAUUGACAUUGUCAUGGACCGCCACGAACGACUGGAGAUUGCCCACGAUGUGGCCGAGGCGCUGCAGAUCAAGAUUGAGAAGCUGCCUGGCGUCGAGAGGGCAUUCGUUCACGUCGAUUACGAGACAAGCCACAAGCCCGAGCAUGAUUUGAAGAAAAACUUGUAG